AUGAAUGUUUUAAUAUAUUGGAAUAAUAAUAAAUUAGUUUAUCCUGCAUUGGCUACAAUAGCUCAACAUGUACUAUGUAUUCCGGUAGCUAAUACAUCUGUAGAACGUCUUUUUUCUGACAGUGGAAAUACAAUAAUAAUUCGUCGUACACGUUUGAAAACAAGUAAAGAUGAUCUUGAUGAUUGCACUUUCGAUGAUGAUAAUGUGAAAGAAAAUGAUGACUAUCAUAAUGUAUGA